AUGCCGCCUCGACGCUGGAUCGCCGUCGCCGCCAGCUUGGCCUCACUCGCCGCCGCCUCCUGGCCCGAUCCGCCCUUGACCGGCCGCGACUUUGACUUUACCGCCGACUUCCACUCGUCCUCCUCGUCCUCGUCCGCAUCCCCCUCGUCCUCCUCCAAGAAGCCGACCGCCACCCCCGUCACGCUGUCCACGCUGAAGCCCCCGGCCGACAUCGUCCCCGCGAACCCCGUCUUCUACACGCCCGCCGUCGUCACGCUCGUCAAGCUCGACGACGCCGCGCGCGCCGCCCGCUACAUCGCCUUCUUCGAGGUCUCCUACAUCCCGGCCGCCGACACGCUCGACGACGUCGUCUACACCUACCCCUGGAUCCGGACCAACCUGAGCGUGCAGGACGCCGCCGGCACCCUCGGCGGCACCGCCGACACCGACUCCCAGCUCGCCGUCGCGCCCGCCAUCGACACCGGCGAGGUCCGCAACGCCACCCUCCAGGUCUGGCGCCAGGACGACGACCUGCUGCGCUACAUUGCCGCCAUCGAGCGCACCCGCGUGCCCGCGCCGCUCUCCUACGCCAUCUCCCAGGUCUUCAGCAACACCACGACGAACGUCUCGUACGACUUUCGGCGCGCGAGCAUCGACUUCAAGGUACAGAACAAGACGGGCACACGACGCUGCGACGUUAACGCCGAGGGCGCCCCGGUGCCGGGCGUCCCCCGCGGCGCGUCCGCCUGCACGGCGACGGCGACGGCGGCGGCGACGAGCUCGGGCAAGGCCGGCGCGGCAGGGUCCAGCGCCACGGUCAGUCCCAGCGCGACGUCGAAAAAGAACGCGGCGGCGGGUGGUGCGGCGAGUUCUGGGGUCUAUGGCUGGCUAGCCAUGGCUGCAGUGGGAGCCUUGAUUUUGUAG